AAAUCAGUUCACCACUUAUGUAUGUAGGGUGCCAAAAUUCUUAUUUUUGUUUAUAGGCUUGCAAUCUGUUGGGAAGUAUGUUGUUACUGUAUUGUAAAAUCAUUUAUCAAUAAUUAUUAGUUGUUCAAACAUUCAUUGCAUUCCAAAGUUUGUUGUAACCAGUGUUAGACAAGCAUGGAUAGCAAAUUAAAAGCAAGCCUUGGCAACUCAUGGAAAAGGCACUUAGGCUUCUCCAGAAAGGAAAUAAUCUAAGAGGUGUUCGGAGGAAAUGCAGUCAAAAUGGUACUGCUCAAAUUAAUGGUUUUGAGGGAUGCAAGGUUGCUGGAAAGAAGAGUGAUAAGGUGGUUAGUGACGAUCGUCUGAAAGAUGAAAUUGUUUCUGAACACCUGACUAGGAACAUUCAGUUUUUUGGGUUUGAAUCACAACAGAAGGUGAGUGCGUCAUAUGUUGUGGUGAUUGGUCUUGGAGGGGUUGGCAGUCAUGCUGCUUCUAUGCUCUUGAGGUCGGGGAUUGGCAAACUUCUUCUUGUUGACUUUGACCAGGUUUCUCUUUCGUCACUAAAUCGACACGCUGUUGCGACAAGAGCAGAUGUUGGCAUCCCCAAAGCUCAGUGUCUUAAGGAGCAUUUCUUAUCUAUCUUUCCGGAGUGCCAAAUAGAUGCAAAAGUGAUGUUAUAUGAUUCAUCUACCGAAGAAGAAAUUCUCUCAGGUCACCCUGACUUUGUUCUAGACUGUAUUGAUAACAUUGAUACCAAGGUGGCACUUCUUGCUGCAUGUGUACGUAGGGGCUUGAAGGUUCUAUCUGCAACAGGGGCUGGUGCUAGAGCUGAUCCAACGAGAAUACGCAUUGCUGAUCUAAGAGAGUCUACUAAUGAUCCAUUAUCUCGAUCGGUAAGACACCGUUUGAGGAAAGAUCAUGGCAUUGAAGGUGGCAUCCCUGUUGUGUUUUCUUUAGAAAAACCCAAAGUUAAGCUGCUUCCAUUUAAGGCUCCAAGUGGAGAAGAAGAAAACCCUUCCGACUAUCAGAUAGUUCCGGGUUUUAGGGUCCGUAUCAUACCUGUUCUAGGCACCAUCCCUGCAAUAUUCGGGCAAGUUAUGGCUUCCUAUGUUUUGACGGAUUUAGCAGGAUUGCAUGUUCAAACAGAACCUGUAGUCAAUUUUGACAUGGAUCAUUACCAUAUUCUUCAUCAACGACUUAUUGAGCACGAGGAAUCGAUGUAUGGAACUGCCAUGCAAGUGCAGGUAGAUGUUGAAGAAGUGAUGUAUAUUGCUAAAGAAUUAUGGCAUGGAAGAAGUGCUAGAGAGCAGAUUGCGAAAGACGUUGGACGAGGAAUGUGGCGAUCAAUUAAUGAAUUAAUGCUUGUGAGGUGGGACCGCACAAAACCGGCGUCUAUUUCAAAUUUGAUUCUUUUGAAAUUCAAAGAGGUGGAUGAGCAUGAGUCACGGACAUUGGAUGAUAUACAGGAAAAGGAACCAGAGUUUUACAGUAGAGUGACUACUGUAUUAAAAAGAGCUGAAAAUGAUUUUGGAUUAUGACAUUAGAGGACUAUAACUAUUCCCCUUGGUUUAGUGUUGUAUUUCUAAUAGGCUGCUUUUCUUUUCUAUUUUGGUUAUACACUUUCUCCUCUGUAAUAAAAUAUAAGUAAAAAGAAUAUUUAAAAAGUUGAUCUAUCUGUCUAAUAUUUUUUUGUUUAUAUUUCAUUUACAAGGAAGUACAGUCCAAGAGGCAAUUUGUUCUUGCUGUAGAAUGUUUUGGAACCAAUGAGUAAGGUCAAUGAUAUAAUAUUCUUAUUUCUUAAUUAA